AUGAAACCCUUGCUUCUCACUGUCGAUAGGCCUGACAAGAAAGAAUCGAAAUCAGAUUUGCAUGAAGAGUACCUUGCAGCUGCGCGCUGCAUCACGCGAUGCAUUGACAUGUUUUGCAAGAUCAAUAAGGUCAUCGACAUUGGCACCCUACUGAAACAGCGUGAACUCGCCAAUUCUGGAGAGGUAUCCGAGGAUGAGGAUGAAGCAGCUCAUCGAGAGAAGCAGUUAUCAAAACCAUCUCAGAAAACACAGGAUAGCCGGCUCGAAAGACCCGAAGAAAGCCUCGGAACUCAGGAGAAUCAUCUGAAAGUCUUGGCCCGCUUUCUCUGCCUGAUGGGUGAGAUUGAAAAUUUCAAUGAGGACCCAACAAUUACAAUUGAAUGGCUGCAAAGCGGCAAAAUUCGCAUGGAGGCAGACGCCUUUCUGGCUUUUCUUUGGAAUGGUGAUCUGCCUGGAGGCAACUAUGACCCGGACAACAUGAUGGACGGUUUUCUUGACGGCUUUGUCCUUGAGCGUACCAUGAGACACAUAUUCACAGGCCCUUCGACUGCGUAUGGUGCGCAAUCGCGCGGGACACGUCCAUCCAAUGCUUCAUUGCACACUAUGACUACUGUUGAACCACCACACAUUGCCUAUGGCUGUGUACAGGUCCGAUUUGGAAUCAGCUCCAGAAAUACAUGGACCGAGGAGGACGGUGAUUUCAAUUAUCACGACUUCUACCGCCACAUCAUUGAGCUUAUCAACGACUUACCUGACGAUGACAAGGAACAAUUGUUGAAGGACUGGAACCUCAAACUAUUCAAGAACAAGGCUGGACGUGAUGUGGCUAAAGACAGUGCUGACGAGCUUGGACCCUCGGGUGCUCGCAAGGACUUGCACUAUGGACUCAGAGCGCCCAGCUGCACCUCUACUUCACCCAUUGCCCACUUGAGAGAAUUUGCCCCCUCCUUCAAGGAUACCUCCACCUUCUUCACCAGCUCGCAGGAGCCCACGUCGUCCCACACAGCCAAGUAUAUUUCCCACUCGAGAGAACUCACUCCCUUGUCCAAGGACACCUCCACCUUCUUCACCGGCUCGCAGCAUCCCAUGUCCACGUCCUAUUGCUCAUUCAACCAAGCCAGCUGUGUCAAGUCCAUUGGCUGCUUGGGAGAACUUAUCAGCACCCCCUCCACCACCAUCACCAGCUCCAGCUCCACAACUCUAUUGCAAGCCAAUUGCGACACACCUGGCAGUGAACUGACGACCUCCGAUGAGGAAGAAGAAUCCCAGCCGAAGCCGAAGAAGCGAAAGGUAGCAUCAGCCAAAUGUGGCAAGGGCAAGUCCAAGGCACCGGCAGUUGAGGCUUCAGAUGAUGAGUCUGAACUUCCAAGGUGUUCAACCAAGCACAAGGCAGCUGUUGCCACUAGAUACCAGCCCGCUAAGAAGAAGCAGAAGAAAUAA